UUCCUUUUGUCCGCUGUCCGUGGCGCGGCAGGAAAACAAUGCGACAGUCGGCUAUAGCAUAAGAAUAUGUGUAAUAGUGACGAUUGUCUAACCUAAGUCAUUUUUUUACCUUUUGCGUGGACCUGGAUUCGUCAAUCUUUUAUUUCUUAAUAUUAAGAAGAUUAUUCUAAGGACAGAAAUGACAUGAACGGCGCUUGAUAGUUUCAUGUUGGCAAGCGUCCCCUGUUUCUGGGAACUCUGCUGCUCCCGUUUGGGCCUAGGGUAUCAUGCUCCGUACCGGUGGAGAGCGGGAUUACCAGACGUCGGCUAGAAGGAUGGGAACGUCCCUGCUGUUCCAGCUGUCGGUUCACGAGCGAGAGUUGGAUCUCGUGUUCCUCGACCACAGCUAUGCCAAACCCUGGAAUGCCCACCCAGACGCCAGCAGCGCGCGGCCCACCCGCAUGCUGUUUGUCACCCCUCGACGACAGACUGAGCCCUCAGCUGAUUCAGACAUUUCCAUUGAUGUGGAGACGGUCACACCCACUCCAAUGCCUCUGUACGACGAUCAGAAAGCUCGCAGUGUGAUGAACGAGUGUGAGCGGCACGUUCUGUUCGCCCGAACAGUGGCUGAUGGACCACUGCCUCCCGACGACUGGGAGGACCACAUCAACAAGGUCGGCUGGUCUUUGGCUCAGAACAAGCUCUUCAACAAAGUAUUGAAGGCUCUACAGGCAGAGAGACUCAGUAGAAUGGCCAAUGAUGCUGCUUGUAAUGAGCCUGUCUUACGCAGGACAGCUGUGGAUAAAUGUGCUCGGAAGGUACGGCACGCUCUGGCCAGCGUCAACUGGGACAUUAAACUCACUCACUGGCUUCAUAACACAAUGGUGGAAUCUCUGAGUCUUUCCAUGCUAGCUGCUUACCUGGAUGUGCUGCAGACACUCAAGAGCAAGGUGCCGUCGCUGAUUGACAGGAUGUUGCUGUCGUCUUCAGUGAAAACAGGAGCGGCGGGGGCUGAGGCUCUUUCUCUGCUCCUCAAGCGUCCCUGGGACCCUGCCGUGGGUGUACUGUCACACAACAAACCUAGUAAACUUCCUGGUUCCCCUCUGAUCCUGAUAGCUCCAUCAGGUCCGACCAACCCUGCCUUCUCUUCCUCUCGACGAAUGAGAUUCUGGCAAUCUCAGCUGUCCUGUCUCGGGAAGGUCAUUCCCAUUAACGUUCAUGUGGGCAGUGGGGCCAACAUUAGCAUCACGCAGUGUGUAGAGCAUAUGAUCGGCACAGUGAGAGGAAAGGUUAUAGAGGUUCACAGUCACUUUCCUCACAAACCGAUCAUCCUGGUGGGCUGGAAUGUGGGGGCAUUGAUCGCUUGUCAUGUUUCCCUAAUGGAAUACAUGACAGCUGUUGUGUGUUUGGGCUUUCCUCUUCAGAGCGUCAGUGGGCCACGAGGGGAUGUUGAUGAUCCACUGUUGGACAUGAAGACUCCGGUGCUGUUUGUGGUUGGCCAGAACUCGCUGCAGUGCAGUCCUGAAAACAUGGAGGAGUUUCGGGAAAAGAUUCGGGGAGACAACAGCAUGGUGGUUGUCGGAGGGGCCGAUGACAACCUGAGGAUCAACUCUACUAAGAUGAAGACAGAGGGUCUGACCCAGACUAUGGUGGAUCGCUGCAUUCAGGACGAGAUUGUGGAUUUUCUGACAGGUGUUUUGACCCGUACUGAGAGCCACGGUCAUGGCUCGGGUGAAACGCGUGACUUGGACGCAGAGAAGAAGAAAAAAACGCGACGUGAACUCCCCUUUGACCUCGAAAGGUCACGACCCUCUUCACCUGCCGUGAGGGAUAUGUCUGGUGUGUGCAGCAGUCCCACAGCCAGUCCCAAACCUAAGACUGUCGGUCUGUCUCCAGCUCAGAAGUCCAGUCUUAUUACUGCCACACAGCUGCUGAAGACGCACAUGCAGCGCUCGGGCACUGUACUAACACACAAACAAGCACAAGCUCAGUUUGCUGCUUUUAUGAAACAUAAUAUGCUGGUGAGGAAAAGCAUUCCUCCUGGCAGCCCUUCAUGUCUCUUUGUGCCUGUACCCAGUGACCAGGUGGAUGGUUUAGACAGAGACGACCUCAGGCUCCACCUUAAGAGGAGACAGACACCAAGCCCCACAGCCGCCAAAGCCUCCAAACGAGCCAAGAUCAAAGUCACCAUCGUCUCCCAUGGAGAAACAGCGGGGGGCACGGCUCAGGAAGGAAAGCCCCUCGGAGUCACUCUGGGCCAGACGGUGUCAGGGGCCAAAGAAUUAUCUGAGCUUCUCAGUGCACAAAGGUCAGGGGGUCUGGCAGAGAUGACUGGAGCUCUGGGGUCUAGCGAGGGGUCAUUUCACAACUUACAAGGAAGCAUUAUUUCAGGUUCCUCCUCUCCUGUCCAGGCUCAGGUACCCGUCACUAGCCAAGCUCCGUCAGCCAGUAGUCUGCUGCAGGGUCUCAGCCUGAGUCUGCAGGAGAUCAACACAAAAUCACCAGGAGUGCCCUCCGCCACACAGGUGUCAGUAGGGAAGGCCCACUGUCAGGGACAGGUGUUGAGCUCUCUGAGCCCAGGGAGUGGUGCUCUAUCGCGGACGGUACCGGUAGUGUCUACUGGCUCCGGGAUGACCAAAACCACAGCAAUCCACCAACUCCUCAGCAACAGCAGCCUGGCACGACUGGCCCACGUGUCUAGUCCGAGCACGGGGCUCAAAGCUCCCACCACUAUCACAGUGACACUGCGAGGACAGCCCAGCAGAAUUCCCCCUCUCAGCCACAUGGGAGCGAUAGGACAUUCUCACAGCGCACCUGAACAUCAGGUGUGUGACGCCUGCAGUAUGAUGUCUUCACAAACCCUGUUGUCUGUUAUUUCACAUUAUUGUUUUGUACCAGUGCCAAUCACAACAGGUGCAAUCCAGUGGUUUUGCGAGUCUCAUGUGUUCAUUACCGAUUAAAAGAGCUCAUCAAAGUCAUUUCAGUUUUCCAUUAACAUUGAAUAGUCUAUUGGUCCAACUUUAUGCUGUCAAAUGUUGUUUACUCCCCGUGUCCCACUGCUUUAAUGCUCCGCAGUGUUCCUAGUGAGAAUAAGUCUCAUCUGAGCGGUUGCUGUGGCAACCGUCUCAUUGACCAUGCAGAGAGAUGAGGUGUAAUUAUUUGCUUAAUCACCCUGAAGAGCAUAAUUAUACGCUCCUCACUUUUGCUUUGGAUCAAUUAGCUAUACAUAAUGGGUUUUCCUGAUUUAGGAACAUUUCUAAUACAUUUACAAAAUAUGAUUUUUUAUUAUAGUUACAGUUUGGGUUUUCUGACCAUUGCCUUUGAGUCGAAAAAGUUUUAUUUUCGCCAUUUCAGAGGAAUGCAGUUGCGGUGUACUGAAUAGGAAAAUCUCUCGCCGACAUCAAAAGAAAAAUGAAUUUUUAUUGUAAUUAUAAUGUUUCGCUCUACAUUUACAUAUUUUCCUCAAAAAAUUCUCAUAAGUGAAAUGUGUCAAUCUGCUUUGUUUUUAUAUGGGCCAAAAGUAGGUUUCAUUUUCUAUCAGCAAAAUGUAACGCAAGGUGUUUUUUUUAUACAAUAUCCGAACAUAAUAUCAGACCAUGGCAAGUGUGGUAUUCCCUUUCAUACAACAGUUUUACAAGAUGUCUAU